AUGUCUCAAGGAAGAUCUCUCGCCCUCAGCCAGAAUUCCUUCUUGAAGCCGCCCGACCUUGGGGACGAGCAGGAAGUUGAUGAUCGACAGAAUGAGUCCGAAGGGACAAAGCCCAGGCGGUUGGCGACGGUCUAUGAUGCUGUAGCAGGCCGGAUCAAUGCGCACGGCUUUCUUCCCGUCGUACCGUAUGCCUCAAUACACCGCGAUACCGCUUCAUCUAGCACGCGUGCAGUACGGCCAGAAGAAGUACUCUUUCGUCGACAGAAUGCGCCCGUGCGAUACGAGGAGAAUGAUGUCUACUUUGCCCAUGAAAGGUUGCCUUCCGAUCGUCCACUUCCCUCAUCGGAGAUGCUAGAGGCUGUCCACGCGUACUCGGCCGACUUCUACGAUUACGCGACUGUCGAUCGCGGUCAGGACGUCUAUUAUAGUUUGGAUGAAACGGCACUUAUCGCCAUGGGGAUACUUCUAGAGGAGAUGGCGAGGGAGUCCCUGGGCGAAACGGGAGAUUUGGUGUUCGUUGAAGGGGAGGAAUUGUCUACCGACGAUGAUCGGUUGCCUUUGCAAGCAGGCCGGCGCGCAGGUCGCAAACGGGCAAAUACACAGUCUAGUAAAAAUGCUAGCUCAGGUGAUGAGCUUCAGCCUGUGGCGAAACGACAGAAGAAGCGCAGAUUGGCUCGGAAGGCGUGGACAAGCGAUAUGGACACAGAGCUCGAUGAGCUUCUAUAA